AUGGCACAAGCCUUGCUCACCAAAUGCGGACUAUGGGAUCCUGUAUGGAAGAAAAACCCUACGCAAGUAAGUCCUGAAGAAAUUGUAAAAUAUAAUGAAAAGGACAGUCUAGCUUUGUCCGAAUUAUUACUAAUAAUAGCUCCUUCAGAACUAAAACAAGUGAAGAACUGUAAAACAAGUACUCUCGAAAAUAUUUACGAAAGUGAGGGGUCAGGGGGCGGGGAGCUAGCGGCGAACGUGACGUCAUGGGCGCGGGGAGGUGCGCCCACGCACGGCCCGCCGCGCCCGGCCGCCCGCCCAGCGCCAGUCAGCAAGUGUGGCUCGUGUUGGCUGAACCAUCUUAGGGCCAUCUCCUUUCUUGACGUAGUCCCCGGAAACAACACAUUCACGAUGGCAGAUGAUGAAAAGAGGCGUCUCGAGGAGGCGAAGAAGGCCAAACAGGCCGAAAUCGACCGCAAGCGCGCUGAGGUGCGCAAGCGCAUGGAGGAAGCCUCCAAAGCUAAGAAGGCCAAGAAAGGUUUCAUGACCCCGGAGAGAAAGAAGAAGCUCAGGUUGCUCCUGCGUAAGAAAGCCGCGGAAGAAUUGAAAAAAGAACAGGAACGCAAAGCCGCAGAAAGGAGGCGCAUCAUCGAAGAGAGGUGCGGCAGACCCAAGAACAUCGACGAUGCAAACGAAGAUGCUAUUUCGAGGGUUUGCAAAGAACACCACAGCCGCAUCGCCAAGCUCGAAGAUGAGAAAUUCGAUCUGGAAUACAUCGUAAAGCGAAAAGACAUGGAGAUCGCCGACCUGAACUCCCAAGUGAAUGACCUCAGAGGUAAAUUUGUCAAACCUACCCUGAAGAAGGUUUCCAAAUACGAGAACAAAUUCGCCAAGCUCCAGAAGAAAGCGGCCGAAUUCAACUUCCGUAACCAACUUAAGGUUGUCAAAAAGAAGGAAUUCACCCUCGAAGAAGAAGACAAAGAGAAAAAACCCGACUGGUCCAAGGGCAAACCUGGAGACGCGAAGGUAAAGGAGGAAGAGAUCGAAGCGUGA